AUGGUGGCCGGCUCCAGGUCGUCAUUGAGGCGUCCGACCUUACGAUCCAACGAGGAUACGCCACUGCUACUCUCACAGUCUCGUGACGCAGGCAAUGCCAUACGCUCAAAACGCGUUCGAGCAUCAACCGUUAUAGGCCAGGAACAAAGUCUCAAGAGACGUCGCCUCUCAGACAACAAGAAUGAGAUCCCCCAUUUGAGGAUCCCGUUGAGAUCUCGAGGUGCUCCCAAACUCCUCCUACCUACGGCCCCUCCCACAGCAGACAUUUCAACAACAGAUGAUGUGUCUACAACUCCUUCCCUAGCCACACCACUCCAAUCCCCCAGUGGGAAACCUCAAUAUGAACAGAUCAAGAUCAUUGAAGCCAAGGCCAAGGCAUCAAUCCGUGCCGGGUCACUCGCAUCUUCUCACGAUGAACGACGGAAAUUACGGUCUGAAGAUGGUGGUUCCAGGGCCAAAACAGAGCUUGCUCAAUAUUUCCCAGACUUUGAAGAGAUGCUUAGUCUGCGGCCUGUAGAUCCAGAAGCAUUGACUGUCAAGACGAAGGUCAUUCUCGUUGACGACACUCCGGAUUUCGAGCCGAAGCCUUCCAGACCAGAUCCUUUUGGGGCUCAUAAGCCAUUACAUUUGACUGAAGUCAUUCAAUUACCCCGACAUGGACCCUCCACCGAGAUUUCCGGCAGUGAUCCUCUUAAUGAAGACUUCUACCUCAAGACCCACUCCAAAGCAGAGCGACAUGAGAAGCAGAUGAAGAAUGGUGAUCGAGAACGGGCACAACAUGAGAAAUACCAAUUGGAAAAGCUUCUAGAUGAUCUUCGUGGCCCAGAUUGGCUAAAAACCUUGGGAAUUACGGGUAUCACCGACACGGAAAAGAAGCGAUACGAGCCCAAACGAGUACUCUUCAUCCGUGAGACGCAAGCGUUGAUAGACAAAUUCAAACGAUGGAAGGAAGAAGAAAAGCGCAGGAAAUUGGAAAAGGAGCAAGCCCUGUUGGAAGAAGAACUGGAGAAUAUGAGUGACGAAAGCGACAGUGAGAGUAUAGGAUCGAGUGACGACGAGGAAAGCGUGCAGACCAUGUCUUCGCAUGCACCUAAUUCUAGUGAGUUGGAGGCUCUUGCUUCACAGCAACUCAUCGAGGAAGCAAACAUAGCCAUUAAGAGGAAACGACCAGCAGCUUCACGACUCGUCGAAUCUCUACCACCACCUCCACCACCACCACCCAAACCAUUUGUUUCGUUUUUCGAAAAACGACAUCUAAGAGAUGCAGCCGUGGCCGGUCGUCAACGUGGAAGGAUUGUCCUCGCAUUUGGACACCCUGUUCCGGAAUUCUUCGAGCAAGACUUUGAAUUGCCACACGACGUGCUCACAGACGAGGCUAUCAAACAAAGUCAACGUUCUCGAAGGCGGAUCAGGAGAGCGGUGGAUCCUUGA